CCCCGACUAUAACAUCACGGGCUGGACUCGACCGCGACUAUGUUCCAGCUGUACGACCUCACUAUCGUAUAUUGUGCGAUCGCCACAGUGUCUGCGGCUGUGGGAUAUCGAUACACGCGGCGGCGUUCGGACAGAUCCAGGGGCUUCACCCGACCAUUUGAGUUGCGUCUGUCGUCGUAUUCGUUGCCGAAGCGGCGGAACAGCGAUGCAAGCCAGCUCUCAUCAGAUGUGUCGGUGGCCAUCGAGACCGACAGUUCCGACGGCUCGUCCGUCGACAGCUUGACACAUGCUGUUUGCGAGUCGACAAGCGACGUUACAGAGCCUGGGUCCCUGAAAAGAAAACUUAGGGAAGAAGAAGAAUCCAAUGCCUCAGAGUCUCUGCUCAGCGAGACGAUUCUAAACUCACCGUCCGAGCCGCCGCGGAAGCGGUGUCGGACCCCGUCCGAUGGGAGGCAGGAUCCAAACCAAGACGCCAGCCACGACCAACUGGUGUGCCAGACGAUCGCAUUGUCACCGCCUACAUGCUCCGAUGGUGAGCCUGAAGCCAUGAAUAGCGAUUCUCCCGCUUCCCCGAUCACAUCGCCAGUCUCGACUGCCAGACCCGCUGCCAUACCCUCGUCAUUCACCGUUCCAGCGUGCAAGCCGUCAUCCGCCUUUUCCGCCUUCGCAGGCGCCUCAUCCGCGUUCUCAGUAUCCACACAGAUCGUCCAGACGCCGGCAUGGUGCCGCGCUAGUACUGGGCCCGCGGUCGCGGAGUCGACGGAGAAUCCGCUAGUCCCAUCCAACGCGAAUUCAUGUGAUAGCAUCACGGAAAGUGGAGACCCGGUCGAAGUCUGGAUGCCCCAAACCGUGGUCGAACUCGCGGAGAGUUCGCCGGCGGAUGAUCCACUCGCCGCUCCCGCGUGGACGAAGAGCACUCACGUGGCUUUUACCGGAGAAGAGGAUGAAGACGUCAAAGCGGAGCUCAAGGGUGCAAAGCUUUUCAUCAAGCGCGGCAACGGCGAGUUUUCGACAGGCAUGAUAGGGCAUAUCAAGCUCUUGUCACACAAGACAGAGAAGUCGGAACGCCUUGUGUUCCGGCGCGAGCCCGUGUGGAAGGUGUCCAUGAGCGUAGGGCUGUGCCCUACGGUCAGGUGCUCCUUUAGUGACGACCAGAGUGUCUUGCGGGUAGCUCUGAAGGAGGUAGUCUUGUCAGACGGAGAAGCAGCUGUUCAACAGCAGGUCGUGCUGUACGCGUUGAAGAGAGGCCGGGUGCCUCGCGACGAAUUCGCUGCUUUCGCUCAGGAAGUGAUGUGCCGCUCGCAGCUACCCACGUAGGACUAUUCGCCAAAAAUUCCUCUUUGUGCACUUGGCGAGCAUGACCGCCAACCCCCAAGCGGGGAGUGGAUACCGCGACGUGUCUGGUAUAGAGCCAAAUCAUCCCUUUAGUAAUUGGAAUGCAAAGCAUCCGAACUAAUUCGGGAGACUAGAGCAGAUGAUAGAUGCAUUGCUUCUUGUCGCACGGAGAUGGCAGGUUCCGGAACCUGUAAUACUCCACUUAGUCGAGUCUAUACCCCACCAUGUACCUAGUAGCGUUGUAUCCCCUAUGUAUCAAUAUGUACUCUUUCGACAAACGACCUAUGCCUUUCCCGCCUUUC